UGGCCAUAACCCAUUUCUUUCCCUCUUCCUUUCUUUUCUUUUUCGUCUCCGCAAACCGAGCAUUCGACGACUUCGCAAAACAACACAACUCAAAACCAGCACAUAACAUAACCCAAAUCUUUCUCAUAGCUGCUCGAAAAGAAAGGCAGCAAUCAUGGGUACCAGAUUACUUGAUUCAGUUAUAAUUGCAAUAAGCAUAGUGGGUCUUUUAUCUUCUACAACAGAAUCACUUCGGUUUGAUUUACAAUCAGGUCAAACCAAAUGUAUUGCGGAAGACAUCCAAAGCAAUGCGAUGACUGUUGGCAAGUACAGCGUUGUUAAUCCUAACGAAGGCCAGCCCUUGCCUACUACACACUCGCUCACUGUUAGAGUGACAUCGAGUUAUGGGAAUAGUUAUCACUACGCCGAGCAUGUACCAUCUGGGCAGUUUGCGUUUACGGCAGCGGAGGCAGGAGAUUACAUGACGUGUUUUUGGGCGGCGGAUCAUAAGCCUCAAGUUACUUUGACUGUUGAUUUUGAUUGGAAAACUGGUGUCGCUGCUAAAGAUUGGACAAAUGUUGCCAAGAAAGGCUCUAUUGAUGUAAUGGAAUUAGAGCUGAAGAAGCUGCAUGAUACUGUUAUUUCCAUUCAGGAGGAGAUGUAUAGUCUCCGCGAAAGAGAAGAACAAAUGCAGGAGUUGAACCGAGCUACUAACUCAAGGAUGGGUUGGUUUAGUUUUCUAUCUCUCAUCGUAUGUUUAUCAGUAGCAGGCUUGCAAGUAUGGCACCUGAAGACCUUUUUCGAGAAGAAGAAGCUCAUUUAACUCUAAUAUUGAAACAGGCUAAUACAACACAAUAUUCUAUCAUCUUUUUUUGCUCCCUGCUGUAAAAUGAUGUGAAAGAAUAAUUUUCAAGUUACCUGGGAUUUUGACUCCCUUUCAGUUA